UGUGUCAUCCAACAUUCUUACACAAGUAUGUGUACAACAUAGGUAACAAAAUCUGCUCAAAAAGGAAAACAGAAAGAAUAGUAGAGGAAAAAGGCCAGUGGGGCACCGCAGAUUCCGUGGGUUCCAGGCUUGCACUCCAAUCAUUUGUAGCAAACAUUAAUCCAAUAACAACAAAGAAGAAAAAAAAAACAUCAAGGAGAAGUAAUGGGGGUGUUUGUUGCACUCAUAUCUCUCCUCCACUAAUCAAAACCGUACCUAAUUAUGUCUUAAUUAUGCUUAUUCUCACAUAAUAUCUUGUUCUUUUUAGUUUAAUUUAUUAAUUCGUUCUUAACCUCUCUUUAUUUUUGCUCUAUUACUUAAUUCGCUUCUUACUUAGCCUCUAAAUUUUUGCUAAAAACAUGAAACAAAUCCACUUUCAUAAAUUUGCGGACUAAUUCACAUUCUUUCUUUAUUUUUUCUUUGCUUUUUCUUUUUUUAUAAAAAAAUAAUUAAAAAAAAAAAAUUGCUAUUUUUUUACUGUCUCUUAGCUACCAAAUAAGGUGUCUAAUUUGACUCCUUAGCCCACUCCUCCUCCUCUCAUAUUUUCCAAAAAAUUCUCAUUUAAUUAUCUAUAUAUAAAUCACACCUUCUCCACUCCUUUCUCCACCACCAUCAAUCUAUCACUUUGUUAUAUCCUCCAACAAUCUCUCCCACCCUCUCUCACUAGAUAUAUCUCUCUUUUUUUCCCAUUUUAUUCUUCAUCAUUUUAUUUAAUUUUUCAUUUUUAUACUUAACUCUCAUUAAUUAAUUAAUUCUCCCUUUAUAUGCUACCUUAAGUGGUGGUACGUACGGUGGUAGUUUGGGUGAAGGUGGUGUCGUCGAUUGGUCCGACACCAACAACAUACAAGAUAUGGAUGGCCAGGACGAAGUAAUCAACAACAACAACAAUAACAAUAAUAAUAACAACAACAACAACGUAGGGACGGGGCAAUCGAUUGUGAAAGGGAAGAGGACUAAAAGGCAAAGGCCACAAUCUCCCAUUCCUUUCCGCAUGAUCACCACCACAACAAACACUUCGUAUAAAAGCGACGAAGGGAGCGAUAUUUGUAGCAACAACAACGUCGCUGAGGAGAUGACAACAGGCACUACCACCACCAUCGCCUCAGACGACGAUGAUAUCUACUUUAACGGGGGUGGAAAUGGAACCGCAGCCAGUACUACAGAGGAAGAGGAAGACAUGGCGAAUUGUCUUAUCCUGUUGGCGCAAGGCCACUCUCGUGACCUUACACCACAACAUCCGCCACUACUUUCUUUGGUAGAUGAUCAUCCAAUGUAUAGAACGAACAAUAAUCACAACAUUGGUUCUGCCAGUGGGAGUAGUAAAUUUGUUAGCCGGAAGUUCAUGGAGACUCCUUCUACAACAGGGAAGUCUGGUUAUUAUGUAUACGAGUGCAAAACGUGUGCGAAAACGUUUUCGUCGUUUCAAGCACUUGGAGGUCACCGUGCUAGCCAUAAGAAGCCUAAGAACAAAGACGAAGAUUACAGCAACAAAAGCAGAGCGAAUAAUAUUUUUUCCAGUGUCAUAACUUCAACUAACAAUAAUAACAGGAACAAUAACAGCAAUCUGCUGCUUUCGUCAGAUGAUGAAGAACCACCAUUUAAAGCCGCGAGACAUAACAACAAUAACAAUGUGACUUCUUCCACCUCGCUGUCACUUCAACUGACAAAUCGAGCAUUGUACAACAACGGCAUAACCAGCAAUCACAGCAACAACAAGGGCAGAGUACACGAGUGUUCGAUUUGUGGGGCAGAGUUUUCAUCAGGACAGGCCUUAGGUGGUCACAUGAGGCGUCAUCGAGGCCCCAUGUCUGCAGCUGUGGGAGCUGCAGCUGCUCCAGUUAUACGAGCAGUACCUUUAUCCGUCGAGCAGGCGCCUGCUGCUGCUGCCACUGAAAUGUCAGAGGAAAUGAUGAUUACUACAGCGAUGAAGAUACCACCUGUCAGAAAUACCAGUACAAGUCUUUUGUCACUUGACUUGGAUCUUAACCUUCCUGCACCAGCAGAGGAUAAUGCAGGUGAUCAUCAAAGGGAAUCAAAGUUUGUUUUCGAGUCGAAACAUCUCCCUAAUGAUGAGCAAUCACAGCUACCUUCGCCACCACCACCACCACCACAACAACAACAGAAACAGCAGCAGCAGCAGCAGCUUGUUUUCUCUUCGCCUGCUUUAGUGGAUUGCCACUACUGAUGUGAAGGUUUGGUUCAUUAUUUAAAAAAAAAAACAAUUUAAUUCAAUUUCUUAUUAAUGGUAAUUAUUUGUCUAAUAGAAAUUCUUAUAAGUGCACAAAAAACA